AUGGACAAGGAAGAUGGUAGAAUGGUGAUCAUGGGACGCGCAGAGAUUGACACUCGAGCCCCAUUCAAGUCCGUUAAAGAAGCAGUGAUGUUGUUCGGAGAAAAAGUACUUGUUGGAGAAAUUUAUGCCAACAAGCUCAAAGAGAUGCGGGUUGAAGCAAGUGAAAGUGGGAGUGCACAGUCAAGAGGUGGAGCAAUGGCAGAUGAGUUAGAAGAAACAAAGCAAAACCUUGAGGGAGCUAAAGAAGAAGCUAACUUAUUGACUCAGCGCAUAAAGUCCUUGAAAAGGGAACUUGAACAAACAAAGAAGGAACUAGAAGACACAAAGGCUAGAGAGUUAAUGUUGCUGCAGCGAAGGGAAAAUCCAGAAAUUGAGGACCUCAAGUUCAUAGCAAAUGCAACGAAUGAGGAAAUAAAAGCACAAAAUGAUCCUGAGGAGGUAACAGAGUUGCAAAAGAGAAGAUACGUGAAAUUCGCUAGUCCUCAUGCAUUGGCUCAAGUUAUUCCUAAUAAGGAUGAAAUGCUUGGAAGACCUCCUUCAAUGAAGAAGGUUAAGAGGAAGCCUCUAAUGCCUUUGAUAGGAUGGCUUUUCUCUAAAAAGAAAGGAAGCCACGAAGUUGAGUCUCCGAGAGCCUAA